AAGGAAAUUGGAAUUUUCUAUCAGGCGUCGCGCGGAGGCGGCCUGUGGGGUCCUGUCGGUGGAAAUGUCAUUCAGAGCAGCAGUUACUCAACUCAUGGAGACCGCUUGAGAGAGACUGCUGUGAGGGAUUUGUGCUGAAGUCUGGCGCUCAUGGCAGGGCUGCUCUCCGCGGCGGCUGCUGCUGCUGCUUCUGUGCGCUGCGGAUCCAGAGCUUUACUGCGCCUCCACACCAGAGGACUCACCGCUGCUCCUCCGCGGUGUUUAGCCCUGAACCGCCUCAAACCGGUUUCAUCCAUAGGGAAGCAUUACACAUUCCCGCUCUUGUCUUAUUCCACAGAUGCACCUAAAGAUGGUAAAGCCAGUGGACCAGAGCAUCGUCCGGGAGGAGGAAGAGGAAGGAGAGGAGGGAGGAAAGAAUGGAAGAGGCGAUUAUUACAGGGAGACGUACCGUGGGACGAUAAGGAUUUCCGCUAUAUUCUGAUCACGAUGGGAGGCGUAGCGUCCGUCCUGCUGUACCUCUACCUCCGAGACCCGGGCCGAGAGAUUAGCUGGAAGGAUUUCGUCCAUCGGUACCUGGACAGAGGACUGGUGGACCGGUUAGAGGUGGUGAACAAACAGUUUGUCAGGGUCAUCCUGGUCCCCGGGGCUGACAGCUCUGAAGGCAGCUACGUGUGGUUUAACAUCGGCAGCGUGGACACGUUUGAGAGGAAUCUGGAAGCUGCUCACUAUGAGCUGGGUCUGGAGCCGUCCCACAGAGCAGCGGUGGUCUACACCUCCGAGAGUGACGGGUCUUUUCUGAUGAGUUUCAUUCCCACCCUGCUUUUAAUUGGCUUCUUGCUUUUCACCCUCCGACGGGGGCCAAUGGGAGGAGGGAUGGGCGGAGGAAGGGGCGGGCCCUUCAGCAUGAGCGAAUCAACCGCCAAGAUGAUGAAGGACAACAUAGACAUCAAGUUUAAGGAUGUGGCUGGAUGUGAAGAAGCCAAGGUGGAGAUCAUGGAGUUUGUCAAUUUCCUAAAGAACCCCCAACAAUACCUGGAUUUGGGUGCUAAGAUCCCUAAGGGUGCUGUGCUGUCCGGUCCUCCGGGAACAGGUAAAACGCUGCUCGCUAAAGCCACUGCCGGAGAGGCUAACGUUCCCUUCAUUACAGUCAACGGUUCAGAGUUUCUGGAGAUGUUUGUUGGAGUUGGUCCGGCCAGAGUGAGAGACAUGUUUACAAUGGCGAGGAAGAACGCCCCAUGCAUCCUCUUCAUUGAUGAGAUUGAUGCUGUGGGGAGGAAAAGGGGCGGAGGGAAUUUCGGUGGGCAGAGUGAACAGGAAAACACACUCAAUCAGCUGUUGGUGGAAAUGGACGGUUUCAAUACAAGUACAAAUGUUGUAGUUCUGGCUGGUACGAACAGGCCGGAUGUCCUUGACCCUGCAUUGAUGCGACCAGGGAGGUUUGACAGACAGAUUUACUUGGGACCUCCUGACAUUAAGGGUCGAGCAUCCAUAUUCAAAGUGCAUCUGAAGCCACUCAAACUGGACCCAAAUCUGGACCGUGAUGCCAUUGCAAGGAAGAUGGCAGCUGCUACACCUGGGUUCACUGGUGCUGAUAUUGCAAAUGUCUGUAAUGAAGCAGCUCUCAUUGCUGCUAGACAUCUGAAUGAAUACAUCAACGUUAAGCACUUUGAGCAGGCCAUCGACAGAGUCAUCGGAGGUCUGGAGAAGAAGACUCAGGUUUUACAGCCCACUGAGAAAAAGACUGUAGCCUAUCAUGAAGCAGGGCAUGCUGUAGUGGGCUGGUUUCUCCAACAUGCUGACCCAUUGCUCAAGGUUUCCAUAAUUCCACGAGGGAAAGGCUUGGGCUAUGCACAGUACCUUCCAAAAGAGCAGUAUUUGUAUACACGGGAGCAGCUAUUCGACAGGAUGUGUAUGAUGCUUGGUGGGCGCGUGGCUGAGCAGGUGUUUUUUGGCAGGAUCACGACUGGGGCUCACGACGACCUUAAGAAGGUCACACAGUCAGCAUAUGCCCAGAUUGUUCAGUUUGGCAUGAGCGAGAAAGUGGGGCAGGUGUCAUUUGACCUGCCCCGGCAGGGUGAGAUGGUUCUGGAGAAGCCCUACAGCGAGGCUACGGCAGAACUCAUUGAUGAGGAGGUCAGAGAUCUGGUCGACCGGGCCUUCAAGAGAACACUGGAUCUCGUCACUGAGAAACACGAGCAGGUGGAAAUGGUUGGGAAGCGCUUGCUGGAAAAAGAAGUUCUAGACAAAGCUGAUAUGAUAGAGUUGCUGGGGCCCAGGCCGUUUGAGGAGAAGUCUACAUAUGAGGAGUUUGUGGAGGGCACUGGAAGCUUUGAGGAAGAUACAAGUCUUCCUGAGGGGUUGAAGGACUGGAACCAAGAGAGAGAAGAAACCCAGGAAGAACCUCCAGCUUCACAGGAAAAACAGGCUGCUUAAAAUAAAGACAGUCCUCGAAAUAAUUUCCACCUGCCUCUGACACUUGCCUUACUGUGGAAAAUCAGUGGGAAAUCAGUCUUCUUGGCUUAAAAGAGGAAGAUUGUGAAUUUUGUUGGUAUUUGCAUUUCACUUCCCUUGUUAAUUUAAAGCAGGGACAUUUUACUGAAUUUGAAAUGCCUUAAUCUGCGCAUUAUGUCGGCAUAAACUAUGCCUGAUAAACUUAAACACCCAACACCUUGAACUUUUUAUGCCAGAUCAACAACUUAGAAAUAUCUUAUUAGUUCUUUUUUAUCUUACAAUUUCUGCCAUUAUAUGAUAAAAUCAAUUCUGUCAUUUUUAUCCUCUCUUCCUCUUAAUAGAUGUGUAAGAAAUGUAUAUGUGUACAACUUUCAUUUGUGUUCUAAGAAAAAAAAAAUAAUGUUUUGAAAGUGAAAUUGUGAUUAUUUAAUUAAAUUAAAGGAGUUGUUUUUCA